UCAGCGUCCAGACCGGUUUGGAGCCCGGAUGUACGAGCUCGCGUUUCGAGUCCGCGAAGGCAGCAUAGGUUGCCGAGAUGACGUCACGCUGUCGGGCUGGGGCCGUGAAAAAACAUGUAACGUCGAGAGGUCCGGUGUACCGACCCACGACAUCCCGCGCUGAGACCCAGUUCACCGCGAAAGACCAACUCCCUUCCAUCAUAUUGGGACCGUGUGGGGUGGUGGGGAAGGCCCAGUCCCCCACCUUGAUCAGGCCAGACACCCCGAACACCCCCCACCCGACCGCCCCUAACCCCCACCCAUGGACAAAGAAGGCACCAUGAGUACACCAGGCAAGGUCAGCGGGCUCAAACCCCCGAGUAAAAUAGUCCGUCCAUCUGGGGUGCCAUCAAAGACGUCCCCAUCAUCUGGAGCUCCAAAGCCAGUUCCCCCUGAGAAGUCCCCUGGCAAUGUGACCUCCCCAACCCCGGACGGAAGUGCGGACUUUCAGAUCGGGGAGAGGGUCUGGGUCAGUGGCAACAAGCCCGGCUAUGUGCAGUUUAUCGGGGGCACGCAGUUCGCUCCCGGGCAGUGGGCGGGCAUCGUGCUGGACGAGCCAAUCGGGAAGAACGACGGGUCGGUGGCAGGGGUCCGGUACUUCCAGUGUGAGGACGGGAGGGGGAUAUUCACGCGGCCUUCAAAGUUAUCCAGGACUGCACUGCCGGAGAAGGAGGCGAACGGGGGCCGGCCCAGCCCAGCACAAGGAUGCUCCGCGACAAGCGAGCCGGCACCUGUUGGCACUACCUCAACUGCUCCGGGCACCGGCAUAAAGACCAGUGGUGCACUUAACCGAAUGCUCACGUCCAGCGAGUCGGUGUCAAACGUCUCAGACACAGAAUCCAUGAAGAAGAACAGAAGGGAGCUGAGGCUGGGAGACCGCGUGCUGGUGGGUGGUACCAAGGCAGGAGUAGUUCGGUUUCUUGGAGAGACAGACUUUGCCAAGGGAGACUGGUGUGGAGUGGAACUGGAUGAACCACUUGGCAAAAAUGAUGGAGCCGUAGCAGGGACCAGAUACUUUCAGUGCCUGCCCAGGUUUGGUCUGUUUGCUCCGGUCCACAAGGUGACACGUAUCGGCUUCCCCUGCACAACACCUACCAAGGCGAAGAGCUCGCGGAGGCGGUCCGCCCUCAAGAGGAGCCCCAGCGCUUCCUCCAUCAGCUCGCUCAGCUCCGCCACCUCCUCAAUCAGCGGCAAACCCAGCCGGGCAGGACUGCUGACAGAGACAUCCGCUCGGUACGCUCGUAAGAUUUCUGGCACGACAGCGCUGCAGGAGGCUCUGAAGGAGAAGCAGCAGCACAUCGAGCAGCUGCUAGCAGAGAGGGACCUGGAGAGAUGCGAGGUUGCGAAGGCAACCAGCCACGCAGGAGAGGUGCAGCAGGAGCUGAAUCUGCUGAGGAAAGGGCGGGAUCAGUAUGCCGUCGAGAUGGAGGCAAAGCUCGAUCAGCUGCGUUCGCUGGUGGAAGCAGCGGAUCGAGACAAAGUGGAGCUGCUCAACCAGCUGGAGGAGGAGAAAAGAAAAGUGGAGGAUCUGCAGUUUCGUGUGGAAGAAGUAUGCAUCACCAAAGGAGACCUCGAGACGCAGACCAGGCUGGAGCAUGCCCACAUAAAGGAGCUUGAGCAGAGCCUGCUCUUUGAAAAGACCAAAGCUGAGAAACUCCAGAGGGAUUUAGAGGACACUAGGGUGGCCACCGUGUCUGAGCGCUCCAGGAUCAUGGAGCUGGAGAGGGAGGUGGCAGACCUCCAGCUCAGGCUCCGGGCGUCCCAGCAGAAGGAGGAUGCCGUAUCUCUGUCUCAGCAACAGAUUGGCAGCCUCAAGGCCCAGGCACAGUCUCAAGAGAAGAAGAUCAGUGAGCUGAGCGUUGACCUGGAGAGCAAACAGAAAGAGCUUCAGUCUGUGCAGCAAGAUAGGAGUUCUCUGGAAGAGCAGCUAACCAGCCUGAGACAAAAGCUCGAGAUAGCUGAGGAGGAGAGCAGGAUGACAGCAAAGACCACGCAAGAAUUGGAGCAGAGUGUGGAGCAGUCAAAGAAAGACAACCAGACCCUGAAAGAGGAGAGUCAGUGCAGAGAGAAAGAGCUGAAGGCCCAGCUGAAGCAGGCCACCGAGACGUCAGACAGGACGGCUCUGUCACUCGAGCAGCUGACCAAUGAGAAUAAGACACUGCAGACACAGCUCGAGGCUUUGAAACAGCAGAACUCCAAAUACCAGGAGGAGCUCAGUCUGUCGAAGGAGCGGAGCAGCUCCGAAAACCAGCGCAUCGGAGUCCUCUGCAAGGAAAUUGAGGAGCUGAAGUCGGCCUCCCAGAAGUCUCAGCAUCUUGAUGAGCACGAGGAUCGCAACAGCCAACGGCCGGACAUGAAGACCAGAGAAACCAUCUCUAAUCAGGAAACGGAGGGGGAAGUAAAAUUCCAGAAAUCCACCGGAGCCUUAAUCUCAGACAAAGAUCGGGAACUGGAAACUCUGAGGAAUGAGAUCGCGGUUCUGCGAGGAGAAAACGCCACGGCCAAGACCCUGCAGUCGGCCGUGGAAACGUUAGAGAGAGACAAAGCUCAGCUGCAGAGCCGUGUUCACAGUCUAGAGCAGAGGCUCAUGGGAACGCAGGCCUCAGAGGGAGAAGACAGGGAAGCUCCACUGUCCGGUGAUGCGGCUCUGGAGCGGCUGAGGGAAGAGAAGGAGUUCGCCGAGGGACAGAUCAACUUCCUGAACAGCGUGAUUGUGGACCUGCAGCGGAAGAACGAGGAGCUGAAGCUCAAACUGAAGAAGCUCGUUCUGGCUGAGUUCAAUGGCAACGACGGGACUGAUGGUUUUGACGAAGGUGCGUCGAAGCGGGAAAAGAAGGCGACCCCCCGUCUGUUCUGCGACAUCUGCGACCGCUUUGACCUCCACGACACCGAGGACUGUCCCACUCAGGCCCAGAGCCCCGACUCUGUACCACACACCACCUAUCACGGCAACCCGGCCGACGAGAGGCCCUACUGCGACAUCUGCGAGGCCUUCGGACACGCCACAGAGUCCUGCAACGAUGACCAGACCUUCUAGAGGCUCCGAAAACUCUUUCCCUACAUCAUAACUCCAUUUCCUUUCCUCCUUCUCCUUCCCCUUAAGCACUUCUCACCUUUUACUCCCCCUGCACAUUUUCCACAAUACAGCCCGACAUGCCUGCAGAUUUUUUCCAUAAUGUAUUUUUAUACUGUAUUUAUGCAUAUCACUCGUAGCCACUGUCCUGACCUAAAUCCUUUACCCCGCAGCUCUUUUCUCUGAAGAUAAACUGCUCUGUAACGCAGAAUGCUCGUCCAAAUAUGCUGCUUUGGUGCAAUAUCGAUGUUGAUAUCAAAAGGAAUCCAUUCUCUGCACUUGUUGUUUUUAACGUCUUGUUUUUGCAUUUAAGGUUGUUUUGUAAAAAAGGGCGCAAGUGAUGCUUCACAUACAAUGUGUUUUGGGCUUUAUUUGUUAAUUAGAAGAAAAAAAAAAGUGAUUCAACGAAGUUAAGCACAGUUAAAACCGAAGGGAAAAUUAAGCUCCUCUCCGACUUAACAUUCCCGUCUUCUGUAUCACAUUCCUCAGUCAGCAUGGCUAUGAACCAAUCAGAGAGUGACACACUGCCACGUCAAACAUUUUACUAAUGUUUUAUGUUUGGUUAAUAUUUUACGAAGCCCCUCUCCCAGUGUAUCAACUUACAGCGGAGUAUUAGGGCCACUUUUAGGAAAACCGGGAUUGGAGAACAGAUUCGCAAUUUUAUGAGAAAAAGUUUUUUAAACAAAUUUUAAUACGCCGAGAGAAAAAAAAUAAUAGUUCAGGAAAAAAAAUUGAAAUAUUUUGAAAAAAAGAUUUUAUUAUGAGAAAUAUAUACAAUAUAUUCUUGAAAUAUUACAACUUUUCUCUAAACAUUAUGGCUAUUUUCUUGAAAUAUUUUACAAGUUAACGUUUAUUCUCAAAAUGUUGCAGCUUUAUUUUUGAAAUAUUUUGACUUUUAUUAUCAUAGUAUUACAACAUAAUUCUCAAAAUAUUAAGCCAUUAUUCAUUAAAAUGUUACCUUUUUUUCCCUGAAAUAUUACAACGUAAUUCUUGUAAUAUUAUGAUUUUUUUUUCUAAAUAUCACAAUUUUAUACUUGAUGUAUUACAACGUUUUUCUCACUAAUGUUUGACUUUAUUCUUCAAAUAUUACAACUGUAUUCUCACAAUAUUAUGACUUUUUUUAGUGGCGCUAAUACUCUGUCUACGACCUAAAUGUUAACCCAUGGAAAACUAACAAUAACGACGUAACAUGAGCUAAGUUCAGUCUUUACCUUGGAAAUCGUAGUUUCCACUGUAACUAGUUUUUUUUUCCAGAGCUUUCAACUGAAUCUCACAGUCUCGUCCUGAGUUUGAAGACACGCUAAAACAGUUUACUCCUGUGUUCAUGCCAUCUGUUGAUGAAGACCGUGAGAAGCAAAUGAAGGCUUCAGAUAAAGCUAGUAGGUGGACGUUGAGCUAAAGGGGCACCCUCAGAUUUCACACAUAAAGGUCAGUUUGUUUACGUUCUUGCUUUUCUUGUAUGAAGUGGCUCUACAACACUUUUGUGUUUUGACAAAACAAUCUCACCACAAGCUCCAUUUAAUUGGCGUCCUGGAGCUUUCAAUAUAUAACACAAUCUUCCUCCGCAGACGAAAUUUGCACAGUUGUCAUGGAAUUGCAGAUCUUCAAAAUUUCCAUUUUUAUUAUCACUUUUUAGGACCUCUCGUCUUUGUUAUCUUAAAAGUUGAGAUGAUACAAAUCCAUGACAGGUGGGCAAAUCGACUGAAAGCUCAUGAACAGCUGCUGAAUGGACCUUGUGGUGAGAUUAUUUUGUCCGCUACUGUUUCCAAGGUCACAAAUGAACUUUUCAUUAUUUUAUUUUUUUUUAAACAUUUUUGUGUAUUUACCUUUCCAUAGGUCAGCAUAUAGUAAAAUAUCCUUCAGUAAUGCCACUGAAAGUUACUGAGGAUUUGUUGUAGUUAAUGAUGAAGUUGUUGCAUUUUGUUAUUUAUUGUCUAAUCCUUCACUAACCAGUGAUGUUCCUACAGGGAAAUAAGCUAGCACUGAUUAAAAGUGUAUAGUCUGUACUAGGACUGCUGUAGUAUAGUGGGCUUUUGAGAUGCAUCUGCGUCAUGUCACAGUAACUCACCCACAUGAAACUAUAGGAGCCUCUACUCACUUAGAUUUGCACUGUCCACUUUAAAGAUUCAACAGAAACACACGGCGCUUUAAUGUUAUGAUUCUCACGUUGUUUAAAAGUUAUUUUAUCCUAAAGGUCAGUACAGAUUAUUAGGUACUGCCCCAUUGCAUACGGCCCUCUUUAAAGCUCAACUUUAACAUUUUGGGAAAUAUGCUUAUUCGCUUUUACAUGAGAGGUUUUCUACUAGUUAUAUGAGAGAAUCGCUACCACUUUAACGUCUGUAUGGGAAAUAUGAAGCAACAGCAGGUUACCUUAGCUUAGCACAAAGCCUGGAAACAGGGGAAAUGGCUAGCCUGGCUCUAUCUCGUACAUUAUCUGUGUAAAAUUGUUUUCAAAAUUUGGGUUUUGUACGGAUUACAGAAACAAAAUUGUACAGGUCUUGGGGGAGUGCUUUUGAAAAAAGUUGUGUGAAGUCUCCCGAGGCUCAGGAAGGAGCUGUGUGAAAUUUGAUAAAUGUGGGUAAUGUAAGGGCUGGGUCUUGACAAGAAAGAAGAAUGUGUGGAAUAAAAAAGACUGCCUGGUUCUGCCGCAUCCGUUCUGAUGGUUUCUGUUUGAAACUGACCGUUGUGAGUCCGACAGUGCCGCAGGAGUACAGCGCUACAUCAGUGGAGUGCUCUUCUAACCAGCGGAUAUGAAAGCAAUACCAAAUUUUCCCAUGCGACUCUCCACCAGAAAGCAAAUAAGCACAGUCACCAAAAUGUCAAACUACUCCUUUAAAUCAACCCUGUAUAGAAACAUGCGUUUGACUUACCUUGUUCUUAAGCACAAUUUUGGAUCAUAUUGAAUCUUCCAGUGUAACAGUGUAUAAUACAUGACGUGACUAACCGUUGACACUAGUCUUUGUAAAUACUAAUCAGAAGUGUCUUUCUGAUAAAUGUGUACACAGUGCCAUGGAACAAAAGAUAGCUUUCAUGUGUACUACAUUUUAUUUUUCUGCUCUGUUGAUAAGAUUGACGUUGUAUAAGGAGGUUUCCACUCCAGGGGAAAAACAAAGCCCAUUUGUAUAGACUUGAAAGCAUUGUGUACUUUAUAAGUGAUACGUCUAAUUAUUUGUGUAAGGUUUUAUAUAUGUAACAAUUUCAGGCACCAUCUAUAAAUGGUUUCCAAAUGUUCAGACCAUUUUACAGAUGUUGAUGUGGUGUAUAAUUGUCACUGUUUUCUAUGUACUGUAUACUCCUGAAC